AUGUCUCAUGCCCGCGAGGAGUAUCUCUUCCAACUAUCCAUCUACGUUCUAGAAAGCAGUAACUCCCGGAAACUGACAUAUUUCCUGCCACCAUUGAACUUGAUUCCGCUUCUAUGCAUCCGUCCCAUGCGGCUGUUCCUGUCUGCAGAAUCUGUCAGACGCGUGCGUAUUGUCUUGCUGAGAGCAACCCAUCUCCCCUUUGUUACCUUAAUCUGGGCCUAUGAAUCUAGCCGCUGCCGUGGAUCGCGGCGAAGUUCAGCUUCUCCCCUAAUGACAAUACAAAGCAACAGCCGGUCGUCCUCGAGCAGUUCUGGGCUUGGUAUGCGAUACUACCAGGCCACGGCCGAAGGACCAAGCCAGGGGCGAACAAGGCUAACCAACGCGGGCCAAACUUCCGACUCGCGUGGGUCUGGCUUCGAGCACGGCCGUCCAGAAAUGAUCGACGAGGUAGAACGGCUACGGGCCCAAGUGGAACGGUUGGCAGCUGCAAUGGCCAUUCAUAGACGCCGGGCAUGAUCGGCGCGAAAAAAUUCAGUGGUGGAGACGUGCGCCCCUGAUUGACAGACCGGAUCGGUUAACGAGUUAAGUUCGAACCCUUUUUUAUUAUUAGGCAUCAUGAUGAAUUGAGGGCGAGAUCGAUGGAGGAUUAUUACUCAGUUUGUCGCUGCCAUUGUUCUCCGGUUAAUCCGGGGCAACUGACAGUUGAGAUUAUUGAAGCCGAAUCACACAAGACCCAAAAAACAAUAACCUGGUGGAUACAGCCAGCAAUAAAAAUCCCAACCCCUGUGUUGUUGGC